ACAUAUUAAACUUGGUGACUAUGAAUUUAUCAUCAAAUGCCUGCAAAGGAUGGGAAAAGAAAAGCAAAUUAAAGCAGUUGCAGAAUAUGAGGACAAAACAAACAUAAUAUUAGGCAAGCAACCAAGGAGAUAUUUACGAGAAUCUGUUCGACCAGACGAUGACGAUUCCAUUCCCAAAUUUGGCACUCAAGCAUCGAUCCCGAAUAUUGGCUAUCCAAGACAGGGCGAGAGCGAGUCCACGCAGUCUAGGAGUCUUGAACUGACACGGGUUCCCCCUUCUCAAGAAUCAUAUAUGAGAUGUCAUUCAAAUCCAGCCGCUGAGACCAGCACAUACCAAUCACAGCCGCAUAAUUUUAAGCAGGUAAUUUUAAACAGGCACAAACCAGCUCUGCCCGGGCAACUGGUGGUGAUUCGUCGUCUAUGAAACUACAGACUGGUAAUUUUGAACAAGCACAGGCCAGUCAUGCCAAACCUACUGGUGGCGAUUCAAUGUCGAUGAAACUACAGAGCAGUCAAUUUGGAGAGGCACAGAUGAGCCCGAACCAGCCUACCGGUGGUAAUUCAAUGUUUACAAAACUACGGAACAUGCAUUUUGAACAGGCACAGGCCAGUCAUGCCCAAAAUACUGCCACUGGUGGUGAUUCGUGGUCGAUGAAACUACAGACUGGUUAUUUUGAACAAGCACAGGCCAGUCAUACCCAGCCUGCUGGUGGCGAUUCGUCGUCUAUGAAACUACAGACCGGUAAUUUUGAACAGGCACAGGCCAGUCAUGCCAAACCUGCUGAUGGCAAUUCGUCGUCUAUGAAACUACAGAGCAGUCAUUUUGAACAGGCACACGGCAGUCAUGCCCAACCUACUGGUGGUGAUUCGUCGUUGAUGAAACUACAGACUGGUAAUUUUGAACACGCACAGGCCAGUCAUGCAAAACCUGCUGGUGGUGAUUCGUGGUCGAUGAUACUACAGACUGGUAAUUUUGAACAGGCACAGGCCAGUCAUACCCAGCCUGCUGGUGGCGAUUCGUCGUCUAUGAAACUACAUAGCAGUCAUUUUAAACAGGCACAGGCCAGUCAUGCCAAACCUGCUGGUGGUGAUUCGUCGUCUAUGAAACUACAGACUGGUCAUUUUGAACAGGCACAGUCCAGUCAUGCCAAACCUACUGGUGGCGAUUCAAUGUCGAUGAAACUACAGAGCAGUCAAUUUGAAGAGGCACAGAUGAGCUCGAACCAGCCUACCGGUGGGAAUUCAAUGUUUACAAAACUACCGAACAUGCAUUUUGAACAGGCACAGGCCAGUCAUGCCCAACCUACUGGUGGUGAUUCGUGGUCGAUGAUACUACAGACUGGUUAUUUUGAACAGGCACAGGCCAGUCAUACCCAGCCUGCUGGUGGCGAUUCGUCGUCUAUGAAACUAUAUUGCAGUCAUUUUGAACAGGCACAGACCAGUCAUGCCAAACCUGCUGGUGGCGAUUCGUCGUCUAUGAAACUACAGAGCAGUAACUUUGAACAGGCACAGGCCAGUCCUGUCCAACCUACUGGUGGCGAUUCGUCGUCUAUGAAACUACAGACUGGUAAUUUUGAACAGGCACAGACCAGUCCCGCACAGCCUGCUGGUGGCGAUUCGUCGUCUAUGAAACUACAGACCGGUAAUUUUGAACAUGUACAGACCAGUCCUGCCCAACCUACUGGUGGUGAUUCGUCGUCUAUGAAACUACAGACCAGUAAUUUUGGGCAGGCACCUGCCUAUUCAACCCAUCAGUCUGAAGGUUAUUCGUCGUCUAUGGAACUACCGAUAUUUCUUGAUGAACUGGCAGAGACCGAACCUUCCCAACAACCAAGUGGUGAGCCAUCUUCCGCAAAGCUACCGAGUUGUCUUGAUGAAUAUGCAGAAACUGAAGGUGAUUGGUCGUCUAUGGAACUACCGAUAUUUCUUGAUGAACUGGCAGAGACCGAACCUUCCCAACAACCAAGUGGUGAGCCAUCUUCCGCAAAGCUACCGAGUUGUCUUGAUGAAUAUGCAGAAACUGAAGGUGAUUGGUCGUCUAUGGAACUACCGAUAUUUCUUGAUGAACUGGCAGAGACCGAACCUUCCCAACAACCAAGUGGUGAGCCAUCUUCCGCAAAGCUACCGAGUUGUCUUGAUGAAUAUGCAGAAACUGAAGGUGAUUGGUCGUCUAUGGAACUACCGAUAUUUCUUGAUGAACUGGCAGAGACCGAACCUUCCCAACAACCAAGUGGUGAGCCAUCUUCCGCAAAGCUACCGAGUUGUCUUGAUGAAUAUGCAGAAACUGAAGGUGAUUGGUCGUCUAUGGAACUACCGAUAUUUCUUGAUGAACUGGCAGAGACCGAACCUUCCCAACAACCAAGUGGUGAGCCAUCUUCCGCAAAGCUACCGAGUUGUCUUGAUGAAUAUGCAGAAACUGAAGGUGAUUUGUCGUCUAUGGAACUACCGAUUUUUCUUGAUGAACUGGCAGAGACCGAACCUUCCCAACAACCAAGUGGUGAGCCAUCUUCCGCAAAGCUACCGAGUUGUCUUGAUGAAUAUGCAGAAACUGAAGGUGAUUGGUCGUCUAUGGAACUACCGAUUUUUCUUGAUGAACUGGCAGAGACCGAACCUUAAUAAUAAUAAAAUAAUGUCUAGUAUUUGUAUAGCGCUACUCAGACCGCAUUGCUGUUUAAGCGCUAUUUGUUGAUUUCCACUCAUUGUCACUGAUAAUGCCUCUCGAACAGCCAACACUUCAAGCGCUUCCUAAAUGUGUCCUGAUUGUCAAUCGCAGUUAGUUCCGUCGGCAACUUAUUCCACAGCCGUGCCGAGGACGCUGAGAAACUGCGAUCCCCGUAAAGUGUCUUUGUUCGUUUUACGGCCAAUUUCGAGGAACC